CAGAGCGGUUUGGUCGUUCGUUGGAGGUAGAUCUUCUGUUCCGGUCGCCGAUCGCGACUCCCGUUUGCGCGCUCACAGCGGCGCGGCGGUCCCAGCACGGGCCUCAGACUCCGGCUUUGGGUGAAAGAAAAUGGCCCGAACCAAGCAGACCACUAGGAAGUCGACCGGGGGGAAGGCGCCCCGCAAGCAGCUGGCCACCAAGGCGGCCCGGAAAAAAGCGCCCUCUACCGGCGGGGUGAAGAAGCCGCACCGCUACAGGCCCGGGACCGUGGCUCUGAGAGAGAUCCGUCGCUACCAGAAGUCGACUGAGCUGCUCAUCCGGAAGCUGCCUUUCCAGAGGCUGGUGAGGGAGAUCGCCCAGGACUUCAAGACCGACCUGAGGUUUCAGAGUGCAGCUAUCGGUGCCCUGCAGGAGGCCAGUGAAGCGUACCUGGUGGGGUUGUUUGAAGAUACCAAUCUGUGUGCCAUCCACGCCAAGAGAGUCACCAUCAUGCCCAAAGACAUCCAGUUGGCUCGCCGGAUACGGGGGGAGCGAGCUUAAGUCGAGGCGGUUUUUAUGGCAUUUUGUAGUAAAUUCUGUAAAAUACUUUGGUUUAAUUUGUGACUUUUUUUGUAAGAAAUUGUUUAUAAUAUGUUGCAUUUGUACUUAAGUCAUUCCAUCUUUCACUCAGGAUGAAUGGGGAGAGUGACUGUUCACAGACCUCAGUGCUGUGGGCGCUGUGGCUCAGGAGUGACAAGUUGCCGAUGUGCAGAAGGGAUGGGUGAUAGUACUUGCUUCUCAUGAUGCAUGUUUCUGUAUGUUAAUGACUUGUUGGGUAGCUAUUAAGGUACUAGAAUUGAUAAAUGUACAGGGUCCUUUUGCAAUAAAACUGGUUAUGACUUGA